AUGGAUGCUGAAAGUUACCAUGUUAACGAAAUCAAGAUGGAAGAGGAGAGGGUUCUAAACACUUACGAUGAUGACUUAGACUACGCACAGGUGCAAGCAGGACCCUUCGAUGUAACCAGCUAUUGCAAGCGCAUUGAGGUGCAAGUUGUGAACGAUUUGGAAGAUGGCAUGUCGCUGGACUUCGAUCUUAUCAAUGUUGAGGCUCCCAUAGCAAAUGCUUUGAGAAGGGUCUUGUUAGCCGAG